AUGAAUGUCAAUUGUUCGAUAUCGUUCAAUGGAACAUCAUCGAAAGAUAUUCAUUUAGAAGCACCGCAUUUGAGUGAUAAAACUCAUAGUAAUCGAGCACGAGUUAAACCAUUGACAAAUGCUAAUAGAAGGAAGACUAAACCUAUGAUAGUUACUGAUCAACAUUUAAUUAAUCCAUGUAACGGUUCAUACGUGAAAACUAAUGGGACAACUUGUGGUCUUAAAGAAAUAAUGCUUGGUCGUUGUCAAGAAUAUCAAUAUGUUAAACGUGGUCUUUUUCUAACAAAUCAAACUAACAUUAAAAAUUGUACACAACUUUAUGAAGUAUUCGAAUUAGCAGUUCGGUAUAAAUCAUAUUGUAAUUUGAAUAUGAGUACAUAUGAACGUUAUUUUGAUCUAGCACUCGAAGGUAUACAUGUCAUCAAUCGGGCAAUGUUUUGGAGUGGUACCUAUGCCAUUGCUCAUACUUAUAGUGCUAGUGGUCGCAAUUAUGUCACUUUAGAAGAUACGCUUGCAGCAGCUAUGGUUGAUGGUCUCCUAUGGUGUGGAAAAGAAAAUGAUACGGAAGGUUUUGAUUUUUUUAGUUGUCCAUAUGCUUGUAAAGAUAAUAAAUGGGCUGAUUUAGCUUUUUGGGGUUUGGCAUCGAAAACGUUUGCACAAUUAGCAGCCGGUGAGAUUUAUGUUAUUUUAAAUGGAAGUCAAGCCAAUGGUAGAUCAGCAUUUCGUAAUCAUUCUUAUUUUUCUUCUUUUGAACUUCCAAAUUUACGACGAAAUGGUUCAUAUCGUGUUACAAAAGUCAAUGCUCUUGUUUUACAUUCACCUGAUCAAAAAAUUGUAGAAAAAUGUGGUGAAAAAAGUCUUCUCGAUUUAGAAAAAAUAGUUCAAAGUCAAGGCUUUGAUUUUGCAUGUAAAGAUGAUCCAGAAGAAUUAAUAUUAAUUAUGUGUAGUGACAAAUGGGACGCACGUGAAUGUCAAAUAGCUCGACAAGUUUUACGACAAACAUGGAAUAUUAAAUUACACGGAACAUCAAAUAGCAAUAGGAAUUCAUUAUCUUUAAUCGCUUUUUUGUGUCUUUUCCUUAUUCAAUAUUAUAGUUUGAAAAUAACUUCAGGUCCGAUGUAA